AGCAGAGCACACUUGCAAAAGACAGUAGAGGAGGAUACUGUAACUGGAGUUGCCUUUUGCAGAGCCAUUACAUGUUGGACUGGUCCUGAUCAUCCAAAAAUGGACACACCAGACCAAUACUAUGUGGUGGCCAGGCCGCUGUACUCAGAGGACUCUUUUAAGGAAACAUAUGAAAAGAUCUACAGACAGCGAAAGACCAUGCUGGACCAUGUGAAGGACUAUUUCACCUGCGACUCAAAACGUGUGAAGAAUGCUGCUUUAUCCCUGCUACCCAUCAUCGGCUGGAUGAGAAUCUACCGAGUGAAGGAAUGGUUGCUGAAUGAUGUCGUCUCUGGGGUCAGCACUGGACUAGUGGCUGUGCUCCAAGGCUUGGCCUUUUCCCUGCUGGCCUCGUUGCCUCCAAGCUAUGGGCUCUACACUGCCUUCUUCCCUGUUAUAAUGUACUUCUUUCUGGGCACUUCCCGACACAUCUCCGUGGGCUCCUUCCCAGUCUUGAGUCUCAUGGUUGGACAGGUGGUGACACGUCUCGUGCCUGACACUGGGCCUCCCGCCAACAUCACAGGAUUUGAGGGGCUCAGCCGAGAUGAGCAGAGGGUCAUUGUCGCCUCCUCUGUCACCUUCCUCACCGGGCUCUUCCAGUUAGGUAUGGGAUUGCUUCAGGCAGGCUUCAUAGUCCUCUACCUGUCGGACACUCUAGUGUCUGGCUUUACCACAGCUGCUGCUGUCCACAUCCUGGUGUCCCAGCUGAAGUUUGUGUUGGGCCUCAUUGUACCUGGCUUAAGUGGGCCGCUGUCCAUCAUUUAUACGCUGGAGAAAAUAUUUUCCCAGAUCACGUCCACCAACAUCUGUGAUCUGGUGAUGUCCAUCGUGAUCAUGCUGGCUGUGUUUGUAGUGAAGAUAGUCAAUGACAAGUGCAAGUCAAAACUCCCCGUGCCAAUACCCAUAGAAGUCAUUAUGACCAUAAUUGCGUGCGGCGUGUCCUACGGCUUCAACUUUAAGAAAAGGUUCAGGGUGGAUGUCGUGGGACAGAUGGUGAAAGGAUAUGAGUCCCCAAUUCCUCCAAACGUGGAGGUCAUGGAGUCCAGCCUAGUAGAGGCUAUCCCCAUGGCCAUAGUGGGGUUUGCUGUGGCCUUUUCUGUGGCCAAGGUCUAUGCUGUCAAACACGACUAUGUCAUUGAUGGAAACCAGGAGCUGGUGGCUUUUGGAGCCAGUAACAUCUUCGGUGCAUCGUUCAGAUCGUUUGUGGCGAGCACGGCCCUCUCGAGGUCUGCAGUGCAGGAGAGCACAGGAGGAAAGACACAAAUUGCAGGUCUUCUUUCAGCCAUGAUGGCAAUGAUUGUCACCGUGGCGAUAGGGUUCCUGCUUGAACCCUUGCCUAAGUCUGUUCUUGGGGCCUUGGUGAUCGUUAAUCUGAAGGGGAUGCUGCUGCAGGUGACAGAGGUUCCUUACCUGUGGAGAAGAGACCGUCCGGACUGUGUGGUGUGGCUGGUGACGUGUGUGGCCUCCAUCCUCCUGGGUCUAGAUCUGGGACUGGCUGUGGGGUUGGGCAUCGAGCUGCUCACUGUGGUCUUCAGGACUCAGUUUCCUCGUUGCUCAGUGCUUGCCAACAUCUCAGGGACUGAUCUGUAUAGAGAUCGCAAAGAUUACAUCUGCAUCUCUGAACCAAAGGGAGUGAUGAUCUUCAGAAUCCCCUCACCCCUGUUCUUCGCCAACAUCGAGUUCUUCAGGAAGAAGCUGACAGAAGCUGUUGGAUUCAGUCCUCUCAGAGUGUUAAGGAAGCGGAACAAGGCCUUGAGAAAGAUCCGGAAAAUGCUGAAGAAAGGGGCACUACAGGUUACAAAGCGAGGAGUUCUGACCACUGGUUCCUCCCCCACUGAGGAGUCGGAUAGCGACAGCAAAAUGGAGGAUCUGGACCUGCCCUCGGACUACUCCGACCUGCCGGUGCAGGUGAACUGGAACUCCCAGCUCCCUGGCAACAUCUGUGUGCCCCGAGUGCCCAUCCACAGCCUCAUCCUGGACUUCGCCGCCGUCUCCUUCCUCGACAUGUCCGCCAUGAAGGGCCUCAAAACGGCAUUGAAAGAAUUCAUUCGAGUGGAUGUGGAGGUCUACAUAGUGUCAUGUGAUGUGGACAUUUUAGACAAACUCUACAGCUGUAAGUUCUUCGACGACGAGGUCAGGACGUCCAUGUUCUUCCCAACGCUUCAUGACGCCAUGACGUAUGUACUGAGGACACAUCCCCAGGACACCUCGCACAAGGACCAGUUGCAGGAACAGCACAUCAAGACAAAGGUGACAAGCACCCGACUCUAGCAACGAGAUUCCUUCCAGUGUCACCAGACCAUAUCACAACUGUUAUUCCAGAGGGUCUAUGCCAAGAAUACAGUAUGGCAAUCCAGUCAUAACUUACUACAAUUCAAGACUAAAUAACUUUAGUACCCUUAAAAACUCUUCUUUUGUUGUCACACUUUUAAAAAUUAAAUUACACUGCACUUACUGUAAA